UCCUCCUCCUCCAUACACCUGAACUUCAUCACUGUCAAUCAACUGCUCUCCUGCUGCAGUGUUUAACCUCCGGUCUGAUCACCACCUCAUCAAGUUUCUUCUCUAGGGAUAACUGGAUUCAGAAGACAAGAGAAUCUCACAGACUGACACGGCAACCAUGCAAAGCUGCUGCUAACGGCCCCUUUAAGAAAUCGGCGCCGAGCUCUGACGGAACUUCCUCGGCCUCGGCUCGUCUGUCUCCUCGGCCUCUGCCCGUUUCUCCUCGGGAGUCAACACGAGAAGCACCAACCUGCAAGAGCUGCCCCGCGGACCUCUGCUGCCCUCCGGGGAAGAAGAAGAAGUGAGGGUGGACGCAACUGGUAUUUUUUUGUUCAUUUCUGUGUGUCGGUGUCACUGCUGGAGCCGAAGCGGGAGGCGAAGCUUCGCUAAGCGGGCACAGAGGAGCGGGCACCGCGGGGAUGGACGGACGCGGCGAGCGGUCGUCGCCGUGAGACAGGCGCUAAUCCGGCGGUGCUGAGCAGCAGGUGUACGGAAGGAUAAACGGAGACUAACGGCAAUCUCAGUGUUCAUGAAACUUUGCUACGAUUUACGUGAUGGGGUUGCCGUCCGCCAUGUUAAGGUAAAGCCCAGGUGCGCGGUGUUGACCAUGCUAAAGCGGCUGGACAAGAUCCGCUUCCGAGGCCCCAGGACGAGAGACGACUUCCCGGACUUGGCGGAGUCACCGCCCGCUUCUGACAACGAAUGUAGCGAUGACGUGCCGCUGAAGCCCAGGGCAGCUUCACGGGACACAGAGGACCUCCUGCGAGACCCUGCGGGUUCAGGGUCUCCCACUAUGGCUGCUGCCAUCCAGGAAUUCCAAAGGUCAGAGUCAGACCGACUAAAUGAAGUCAAAGGUCACCUGGAAAUUGCCUUACUGGAGAAACAUUUCUUACAGGAGGAGUUGAGGAAGCUGCGGGAGGAGACAAAUGUGGACUCCCUGCGACAGGAGCUGGAUAAGGAGCGAACCAAGAGGAUAGACCUGGAGCAGAAGAUGAAUGAGGUGCUCAAGUCCAGGCUGGAGGACUCUCCGCCACAGCCUCCCCGGAAACAGCAGUCGCCCUCUAACAAUGGAACAGCAGAGAAACAGCAGAAGGAGGUGUGGAGUUCACGGCUGCAGAAGUGGCUGUACGAGCGCUUCGGGGUUUACAUCGAAGACUUCCGCUUCCAGCCAGAGGAGAGCACUGUGGAGACAGAGGAACCACUAAGUGCAAAAAGGUUGACAGAAAAUAUGAGACGACUCAAGCGAGGAGCCAGACCUGUCACCAACUUCUUAAGGAACCUCUCCGCCUUAUCUAACUGGCACUCUGUCUACACCUCAGCUAUUGCCUUCAUUAUCUAUAUGAAUGCUGCAUGGCAUGGUUGGGCCAUCCCCAUGCUCCUCUUCCUGGCUAUCCUGCGCUUGUCCUUAAAUUACCUCAUCGCCAGAGGUUGGAGGAUCCAGUGGAGCAUAGUGCCUGAGGUGUCUGAACCCACGGUAAGACAACAGCUUCCUGUCUGUCAGAAACACAAAUCUGUCCAGCAGCAGCGGUCAACGUGUCUUUCAUCAUUUAUGCAGGAGCCUCCAAAGGAAGACUUGACAGUGUCUGAAAAGUUCCAGCUUGUACUUGACGUUGCACAAAAAGCACAGAACCUUUUUGGUAAGAUGGCCGAUGUUUUGGAGAAGAUAAAGAACCUGUUCAUGUGGGUGCAGCCAGAGAGCACCAGAAAACUUUACAUCUGCCUGUGGAUGGCUUUCAUCACCUCCUGCGUCCUGCCAUACAAACUGAUGGGCUUCAUGAUUGGCUUGUAUGCCGGCAUCAAGUUCUUCAUCAUAGACUUCCUCUUUAAGAGCUGUCCGAAGCUGCGGGACAAGUACGACACGCCUCACAUCGUGUGGAACAGCCUCCCCACCGACCCCCAGCUAAAAGAGAGGACCAACGCCACUGUGUCACGGCGGGUCCAGCCGGUAGUGUCUCGCAGCAGCCUUGCCACUGUCCCAUGUGGGGUGAGCAGAGAGGAGGAGACUGGUCGCUCCCACAGCACCAAGAAGGGAGCCUUUCAUGAGAUUUUCAACCUGUCAGAGUCAGAGCGCCCUCUGGCUGUGUGUGAGAACGGCUGGAGGUGUUGCCUGAUUAACCGAGACAGGAAGAUGCCUACAGACUACAUCAGGAACGGAGUGCUUUACGUCACAGAGAAUUACCUGUGCUUUGAGAGCUCCAGCUCCAGAUCCAGCGCCUCUAAAAAGAAUAAAGUUAUAAAGCUGGUGGACAUCACGGACAUACAAAAGUACAAAGUACUGUCGGUCCUGCCAGGAAGUGGGAUGGGCAUCUCCAUAGCAACUCCUUCCACCCAGAAGCCGUUGGUGUUUGGUGCCAUGAUCCACAGAGACGAGGCUUUCGAGGCCAUCUUCACACAGUACAUGAAGAUCAUGACCACCACCAAACCACCAGCCAGUGCAGAGCUCUAGACAGACUCCAUCCCUGCAGCACGUCUCUGCACUGGGGCUUCAGUCUGAGGCAGAGAGCCUCCUGAGUUUGUUCUGGAAUGGCAGAUACUUUCAAACACCACACCCCUCUGCUCUGCGAGAGCCUGCUCCUCUUGUGACGUGCACCAGCUUCCUCAUUGGUGGCCGUCAGUUGGCUUUGAUAGGCGGCUUCUCUGUCCAGGCCACGUCUGAGGGAAUAUGGGGGUGUAGACGGGAUUUGGACAUACUUUGUGGGUGUGUGGGACAAUGGAUCAUAUUUUCCAGGGUGAGGGGCUAAAGUGUGGUUUUUAUCAAUCAGCAGAUGGCUGGUGAGGGGGCUGGUUCUCCUCUCCCACCUGACUGACCAACUGGUGACUGGUGUCUGACUUACUUGUGUGUAUGCACGUGUGUGUGUGUGUGUGUAUUUUGGGGGUGGGUUAAUGUCACUGUCAGUGGUUCGCUAUAGUAGGAAGAUUUCAAAAAGUUCUCCACCUGGCUGUAAAAAUCCUAAAACUAGUAUAAGUAGAGCGCAUCCCUCUGCCAAGGCCCAACAGUCCCCUUUAAAUUCAAUCAAGCAGCACCAAAUUACACACACACCUAGAUAUGCCUGAUAUUUUUCCUCAAGAUGAAUUAAUUAUUUUAUGGUUAUUAAAUGAUAAAUGUAUUGGGUCCUUCCACCAAGUUUUGUGGAAAUGCAUUUUGCAUAAUCUGACAAACUGACAAACAAAAACAUGACGACCUUGGCAGAUGUGACGAAUAAAAGGAACUUCAACUGCCAGUUUUUGUAUAUCUGUAAGUCUAGCCUCAUACAUCAGUGUAAAAACAACCACUAUAUAUAUUUUGACGUUAAACUGGCUGAUUGGUGCCUCUUGGCAUCGCCCAACAAAACUGAAGGAGUGCACAAGUGUGAGUGCUCAGUGAUUUUGUGUGUUUAAAUGUGCGUCAGCUGUGAGAGCGUCAGAUCACUGAUUGACUGACAGGGAGCCUUUCUGUUCGUUGACACUGCUGCUGUCUAACUCCUGGAUUUCCCCUUUCAUUUUUAGACACGUGACGGCAGCUUCCGAAAACAAACAGAAAACGCGCUGCUUUCAGUAUCCGCUUCUGUGUUUGUAAGUGUGCAUAUGUGAAAUGUACAGCGAGGUUUUUUUUUCUCAACAAAUGCCUUUAUUUUGAAAUGUCUCUGUCUUUUCGUAGCUGUUGGUCCUGGAGAUGUGAGCACAACACUGACUGCCAUUUAGAGGCACAGUGGAGGACACAGCCUCCCAUGUCUCAGCUUCUGUUUUCAAGGCACAAUCUGUACAUGUAUACUGAGAUUUUCUUAUUUUCCCUCAAUGGUGUUCUCCCUGCACUUUAUUAGACCGUCACCUGGAGUUUCUGACACGUGUUGCAGUGAAUAUAUUUCAAAUCCAAUGUCAGUGUUGGCAGAUAGAUCCAAAGCUGCCAUUUACGUCCUCUUGUGUUUCUGUUUUUCUAUUUGAGUCGGCGCAGGUGGUAGCCGGCCGCUGGCCGGGGCAACUCAGAACGCAGCCUGAGCACUCUGUAUUAACGCAGGAUUGAUGUCGACCACAGUGAGGGUGUUUCUCUGAGUCAGACGACCUUCAAACCCGAGCCAUAAAAUCCAGGCCUCAAAUAUCAAUUUAAUCCGACACAAGAGCAGAAAUAUUUGUGAAAGUCAACUUCUUCUGAUUGGUAGUUCUCACUUACAGUAGAUGCCAGCUGGUGAGGCUCCCCGAGGUUAGAUGAGCUGUUUUUAAAAAAUCCAAAAGCAGGAUUAUGAGCUACAAAGACAUGCCUAAUUGUUUUCUUUCAUUCGUUCUUGUUUCUGCUUGCAUGUAAUGCCACAGUGAGUCAUCAUCUGGUUGCUCUUCCACUUUGUUCCAGAUCCUCGAAACGUACUUUUUAUGAAGUAUACGGAUAAAUGUCUAGACUGAAUAUUUCAACGUCACUUUAUUAUAGGACACCUUUCCCGAGCAUAAAGCCGGUCUUUGUGCUUGUGGAACGGUGCGAUAUGUAGAAAUAUAAUGCCAAACUUCAUCGGACACUUGACUGUGUUUUGUGAGACGAGUUGUAAGACUGGAGCUCUUGAUUAAUCUUCAGAUUUUAUUAUGAGAGACGGUAGGGUAGCGACUCCACACUCCCAUCACUUAUUCACUAUAUGCCCAGCAGCACAGGCUUUAGUUUCCUUGUAAAUCUUACAAAACACUGUUCAAAGGGAGACCUUGACUUUUAUUUUUCAUUCACUGAACACGUUCUUCUACUUUAACAAUCCCUAAUCACUGAUGUGUCCCCCUUUCUCAAGAACACCAGAUUAUUUUCAGUUCUCUGCCCUUCAGAACUGCCCUCAAUCCAAAAUGUCAAGGUUUCUUAUGAAGUCUGUUCAAAUCCUCUCGUCAUUAUUAUUAAUCAUAGUCAGGGGACUGGAUAUGAAGUUGCCAGAGCUGCAACGGACCAGUUCAAACAACCACCUUAUUCUUAUUUUUCAUGGGUAUUUGGCCUGUUAGUUAAUAGGCUGCCUUUCCACACAUGGAUGUCUAUUUUUGUUUAGGAAUCAAAUUGAUUCCAUGAACAGUGGAAAACCCGAGCAGAUGAAAUCAGUGGAUGCUGUCUCACUGUGUGAUCGGACGGCUCGUCGUAGUCUUAAAGCUUUUACCUGAAGCCUUUUGUAAUCUGUUAACUCUGAAAAUCAGCUCUCCGGGGGUUCGCUGACCCUGACGAGGCUGCACUCAGAUAAAGCACAGAAUGUAUCACGUUUCUUUAUUGUCUUUUUUCUUUUGCCAAAUCUUUAAUUUUCUGUCUGCCAUAUUCUGCCUACGCUGAUGUUUACAGAUGCUUGUAAAUAUGAUUUUGUUUGUUUUUAAGAACCCAGUUUGAAUUCCUUUGACUCUGGAGUUAUGAAGACUGGACGGCUACACUGUUGUUGAACUAACGUCUCAUUGGCUCCGCACCACUUGACUAUCUCUGCUCAACCAAUAGGAAACUGAACCCAUAGCGACAGGAGCAGUAUUUUAAAGCGCAUACAGCAUGUAAACUGUCAUAUCCAACAUCACAGUACUUGGUUACGAUGUAGUGUAAGUUGCAGUAUAACACCAGAUUCUCAGGCUUCACACAGAGCAGAGAUGGUCACGAUGGACUGAAAUGGCAACAUUAGUGUUUUUGACGUUACGUUUGUUCAUUGCGACCUUUUUUGAAAAUUCUAGAGAAAGACGAAUAGAACAACAGCUUGAUAUGUAUUGUUUUUAAAAGGAAAUCAAAUGUGUGCACUAUAGAGGAAAGUGUCCUGCAGAUGACUUAAAGAAACAGUUUUGGUAAUAUUGGAAAAUUAGAUCACUUGCUUUCUUGCUGGGAAUUAGAUGUAGAUGCUACUGUGACGUCUGCACAAAUGAAUAGUUGUCCCUCAAUCGGCAAGGGUGUGGCUUUACAUUGUGGCCAGAUCAUCGAGUGCGUGGGUUCUGAAGAUUUUAAGAUUAAAAACUGGACUUGUGUGCAGCAGCUUGUUAGGUGUUCAUAAAACACUGUUUCCAUUCGUUCACUUCACGUCUAUUGAAGAUUUUAUUACCUUUGGACAGCUGGACUUAUUGUGUCUGACUGUUUUCAGACCCUGUGUUGAGCUCAGCUGACCAACUGCUGUUUGUAGCUUCAUAAUCACCCUGCAAGAAAUGCUCCUUCUCCAAAAUGUUGCAAUAUUCCUUUAAUGCCAUGACUGGUCAGAUACAUAACGACUGCCACACUGUGUGUAUCGCUACUGGUAAACAAUGGAGAAAGGUUACUGCCGUCAUAAUCAGGGAGGGACUGAGUCAAAAACAGUGGUGUUGUCUUUUCAAGGUCCCCUCCAUUGAAGCUGGUGUCCUCGCUGUUGUAUUAAAUAUGUAGUUCCUCUAACUGUGUGUAAAUGUUAGGUAAGGGUUUUCCAAAAGUAUUUCAACAUACAAACAACGUCUCAUUUUGGUCCGUGAACAAAUUUACUGUGCACCUGACAUGAUGAGGUGAAUGUAAAAGCUCAAAACAAAUCAAGAAUCUCAAGGAUUCAGUCCUUUUUCCUCUGGACGGACACAAAGCUCAUGGGAUUUGGUACAGGCUGUGAGUUUCCAAUUAAAACCCAAGUGUUACUGGGAAUCAUUACGAUGAGUAAAUAAUUUGUCAUUCGUGACGGUCACUGUAAGGACUUUUUUUUCUUUUUGUCAAAGAGGAAUUUGUAUACAGAUUAUUGAAAUGUACAGUGAAGAAAAGGAAAACCACUGAGUUUUUAAAGGACAUGUCUAUUGUAAAGGAUAAUGUGAUGUACAUUUUUUUAAUUUAAGUAAAUGAAUUUAAGCUA